AUGCCAUAUCCUGGAUACCUAGAAUUGGAGCAGAGAAUCCAUUGGAUGGAGAUGAGUGGGAACGGAGAGAAAAGAUCGCUUGAAGAUAGAAAUAAGCCCACUGCCGGCCAGGGGUCACAGAAAUUCUUGCCACGUCAUUCGACUACUGUAUUGGCCGCAUCGAUCACGAAACAGAAAUACUUGCAUAAAAAGCAGACUCCCGAUAUUGAAGCACAAGAGAACCUUGCUAUUGAAGCACAGAUCUACACCAUCCUCGGACAUCAUCCUCGAAUUAUCAGCUUCAAGGGCGGCAAUGCCUACGAUGGCCUCCGUCUUGAAUAUGCCACGAAUGGAUCAGUGGCCCAGUAUCUCAAGCUUCACGACCCAUCCAUGCUACAGAAGCUUAGUUGGUCACUGCAAGCUGCUGAGGGUAUCGCUCACAUUCACUCGUCAAGCGUCCUCCACUGUGAUAUCAACGUCAACAACUUACUUCUCGAUAAUGCCCUCAACAUUAAAGUUGCCGACUUCCAGGGGAGGUAUUUAGCACCUGGCGGAAGAGUGCUUCUUGAUGGAAGAUCAUCGGAGAACGUGAAAUCAUCUAUGCCUCGUUCCGAUCCAAAUUACGCGGACAAGAAGACGGAUAUUUUUGCCCUGGGUUCUGCGAUCUAUUACAUUAUAGAAGGCCACGAACCAUUUCCAGAACUAAACUCCUUGGAUGAUGACGACGAAUUAGAAAUCAUAAGUCGUUACAGUUCUGGCCGCUUUCCUCCUUUAAGAACUCAUUUGCCGAAAGGCGUUGUCCACGGGUGCUGGUCAGGGAGCUUUGAGUCUGCAAUGGAGAUUAUAGAAGACUUGAGAAAGGUUAUGGAGACGAUUCAACAUUUGGAGUAA